AGUAUAAAUGGGGUAGAAGUUUGUGGUGAAAGAGGCGGGAGAAGUGUAAAGUGUGGGGGAGAGACGCAUGUACGCACACACGGGAGGCCAGUGUUGCCGCUCCUCGCCGCCGCUCCUCGCCGCCCACAAUUGAUUAAAAAUUUCCCCUGAUUCUGACCCCUUAAUGCUCAUUAUUCCUCGCUUCUUCUCCAUACUUAAAGUCGCUUAUCUUGUUAUAACAUCUCAAGACGUAACCUAUUUCUUGGGGGAUGUUUGGCUCUGGUGUGUUAAAGUGUAGCCAAGAUUAAAACUUCAAAUAGCGACUGGUUCUCCACGGCUGCCAACUAUUAUAUAAUAUAAGUGACACAAAGUCAGUAUUUGAUGAAUGAUGCUUCACCUUCACAAAAAAAUGAAGUCCCGGGCGAGAUUCAACUUGUAUAAUAAUAUAUGGAAGAUGUCUUGAAGCAAGAAUAUAAUCCAAAGAGUGUGUAAAACACAGGAAGAGCAUGAGGAGUGACAAGGUGCCACUGAGCUGAAUGUGAGCGAGGAGACCUGCUCCACUCGGCCACGACACAUAACAACAGCAGGUCUUAUGCUCGUCACCAUGGAUCGCCUCAACUCUAGCCAACUUGCGUACAUGAGAGAUGAGUGUGAUUAUUCCCUGAAGAUGUAUACAGGCGCCGAGAACAAUAAAGAAACGCAACACAUCACUCCGCACAUUGCAGCUCACAAAUCCUCACUGACGCCUACUUCUUCAGCUUCUUCCCUGUCUUCUGUGGCACUGUCUGGGUUUGGUAGUCCACAAGACCUGGCUCAUCCACACUUAUCUUCUCAUAAAAUAGGAUUGAGUGGUCACAUCCCUACCUACAGAGCUGGCAUACAUGUGCCUCACCAGUCUGUAGUGAAGGGUGUUGACCACGAUGGACCCUUGCUGUUGCCUCGGUAUGCUCACACUAACCUUUCAACCCACUUCUCCAAAAGUGCCCCACAAGAUUUGUCAGCACAUUCUACAGCAGGUGCAAAUAAAGCAGUUCCUCUGGAGUUGACACCUCACACAUCUCACCACAAACCACUGUCUCACAUUCAGCCAGCUGUGAGCCAAGGUAUGAGCAGUAAUCCAGCUGGGACACUUAUGCCAGCACAUCAGGCUGACAGAGGCUCCGCAUAUUAUCGUGUUCCAGAUUCCGUUAUAAACGUCCAGGGCCCGUCUGCUGUGUUGGUAUCUUCUGUUGGAGGGGACGGGGGUGUUUCAGGUACCCAUCCUAAUGCUCAGACCAGUACAUUAGUACAUUCACAGUCCAAUUUGCAAGCACAAAGUUCUGCUACAAACCUGACAACCAUGCCGGGAGUUUCUUUGUCAGCAACUGUAUCACUGCCAGGAGGUUUAAACCCAACCAUAGUUACAUCAGUGUCACAGAGUUCCAUGCAACCAGUUGAGUGUCUUAUGACUCCUAUUGUGUCAUCUGCUUGUGGGAUGCCUCAGGCAGAUGUUAAAAAAGAGAAAAAUGAACGGUACGAAGAAAUGAAAAUGUCUGCUGGUCAAGGAGGUGAUGGAUCCCAACACACAGUUGGGCCACAAAGAGACCUUGUACGUCAAGCACUCCAGGCAGUUGUCACACAUCCUCAACACAAAACUGGUAAUGACCAAGAAGUAAUUGAAUACAACUACACUGCUGGUGAUAUUGCAGAACUGCUGAUGAUGAACAUACAGGUAAAUGCUUCACUCCAGGCAAUGAACAAGAAUACUGUUCCACCAGACACUGAUCCUGGACAAGUGGUUGUUCUACAGCCAGCAGCUGUUGAUGAAACCAAUAGCCUGCAGUCAGAACCAGAAACCCCGAAGCGACGGCGGCCCAGGCUGUCGGAUGAGGCCCAAGUUGAGCGUCGAAUUAGAAUUGCUCUGCGCAUGAGGGAAAAACGAGCUGGAGAAUCAGACGAGCAGAAAAGAUUACGUCGGAUUAGAGAGGCAGAGCGAAUGAGACGUAAAAGAUCAAGUGAGGACGAUUCACAAAAGUUAAGAAGACGACAAGAAGCGGCUAUUCGUGCAAGAAAUCGGCGUGCUUCUAUGUCCCCAGAAGAGCGACUGGUUGACAGGCAGAAAGCUGCAGACCGCAUGAGAUUAAGACGUGCCACGGAAAGUGAUGAACAAAAGGCUGUACGUCGCAUGAAGGCAGCAGAACGAAUGAGGAAAAGAAGAGCAAGUGAAACUGCAGAACAACGUGCUGUAAGGCGACAAAAUAUUGCUCUUAGAAUGAAAGCACGACGUAGGCGAAAAGAUGAAGAGGGUGUAAAUGGUGAAGAGUCAGAAAUUGUGACUCGUAAUUUAAGAACUAGAUUAGUCAAGACUGAAAUUAUUGGGAACAAUGCAGUGCACGAGGGAAGUUCAGAACCCAUUGCAAAUACGAACACUGACCAAGCAACACACAUUUCCCCUUCCCAGCUUGUUACGCCUACGUCGCACAUUCUUGUACCUUCAAGUAUAGGUGUGGGUGGAAGUAUUGCUCUACUGCAUGUGGAUCCCACAUGCAGCAUGUCAUUAGGACAUGGAACGCCUGGGCUGUCCAAUGUAGAUAUGACCCAACUGACUCAACCUUUGCCUCUGCAUAAAUCCGUCACUACAUCACAAAACCAGGAAAUGCCUGAGCCAUUAUCACUUCAAAAGCAGGUGGUGAGCCAGCAAUCAUCCCCAACUGCUACGCCAACACCAGUAUCCACAACACACACUAAUAUGACCACCAGUUUGCAUAGUUCACACGAGCCUCUUCCACUUCAUAAAGGAACAAAUUAUCACCAUCAUUUACCACAUCUCCUUCAUUACCACCAACACCACACAAGUUCCCUACAGCAGCAGCAGAAUUCUCACCAACACUUACAGCAGCGGCAUCACCAAUAAUAAACUAGUAUGUUGGUGUUGAGGUAUGAUAGGUCUCAUUUGAUUAAAGGCACUUACAUUUUUCAUGCAAAUCUAUGGUACCAACAUGGUUCUUGUGAAUUUGAGACAUUACAAAAAUAUGGAGUGCCGAAAUAUUUCCUGUGAAGCUAAGACGUUGUCAGUUUACUCGGGACUCGGAGGCGUUGACGGGUUAUAUUUAAAUCCAGUGUUUUAAUCUUAAGUUAAGCAAAUGACAUAUUAUGAAUAUGUAAAUAUUGUUAUAAAUUUUUUUAACUA